AUGGGUAAUAACUGCUGUUGUACAAAUUAACCAUAACCAGAAUAAAUAAAUUAGGUUGAAGGUUUUUCAGCUAAAAAACCUGAAUAUCCAGAUGAUUGUAUAUAAGAAAAUAUAAAUCCUAUAGAUUAAAGAAAAUCGUAAACAAAAGAAAGUAAGGCAUAAAUAAAUAUUAGUAAUCGCAAUUCAUAAAAUAAAAUUAUUUAUGACGAAAAUAUUAAUUUAGUAAAUCCUUAAUAAAGACAUCAUUUACCAUUACCUUUAAUAGCAAAGCCAAUAUCUAAUAUCCCUUGUUUUUCAAAUGAAAAUGCAAUAAAUACCCUAUCAUAAUAAGGAGAAUUCUUAUAUGAUGAAGAUGAACCAGAUGAUAGAGAUUUACCUUACGCAGGUCCUUAUGAGUUUGAAAAUGGCUCUGUUUAUAUAGGUUAAUGGAAAAUUGGAAAUAGGCAUGGCAGAGGAAAAUAAUAUUGGAACGAUGGUAGUUUAUACGAAGGAUAUUGGAGAGAUAACAUGGCAGAAGGUAAAGGAAGAUUAAUACAUUCAGAUGGAGAUUUGUAUAUUGGAAGAUGGUAAAAAGAUAAAGCAAAUGGACAUGGAAUAUACUUACAUAUAGAUGGCGCAAGAUAUCAAGGAGAAUGGAUUGAUGAUAAAUAAAAUGGAUAAGGAACAGAAUCUUGGCCUGACGGGGCUAUUUAUUAAGGAUAAUAUGUAGACGGAAAAAAAGAAGGUUAUGGUAUUUUUAAAUGGUAAGAUGGCUCUAUUUACAAAGGUUAGUUUUAUAAAAAUAAUAUACAUGGAUAUGGUGAAUAUAGUUGGCCAGAUGGAAGAAAAUAUAUUGGAGAUUGGAUUGAUAAUAGAAUGGAAGGUAAAGGAAUAUUUACUUGGUAAGAUGGAAGGAAAUAUGAAGGUGAAUAUUUAGAUGAUAAAAAACAUGGUUAAGGGAAAUUCGAAUGGCCUGAUGGAAGAAUAUAUAGAGGUAAUUGGAAAGAUGGUAAAUAACAUGGAAUAGGAUGGUUUUUUAAUGCUUAAAAAUUAGAGAAAAAAGGACUCUGGAAUAAUGGGAAGAGAGAAAAAUGGUUUUUAUUUUUUUAAAUAAUAUAAAUUUUAUUAUUUAUUUAAAGGAUAAACGAUGAUAAUGAUAAGUGA